ACCAAUAUGGCCACGACAGCCUCACCAACAACGACAUCAUCCCAACUUAUCGAUGACGCUACCUUCGAACUCGAAGACUUAUACAAAACGAAUGUGCCAGUCGACGUGGAUGUGGCGGAUAUGGUGAGCUUGAUGCCUUUCCAUAAUACGACCAACAGCAAAAGCAAACGCAAGGACUUGCUCCAGGACGAAGGUCUGACAAAGGACCGUGUCUAUCGUGGUCGGAAAAAGGACAUGCUGGAGAGUUUGAGGUUACUGGACAAGGAGUUGACCAAGGCACUGGUGGAUCUCCGACAACAGAAGGAAAGCGAGAAGUCCGAGUUCCUGUCGAGCAGAACGCCACUGUAUUUUAUCUGGGAAGCACAUGCACGUCAGCAGAAAGAGUACCGACUCCAGGCCGAAGCAGACCAACGACAACUUUACGCCGCAGUCAGAUUGCAGUCCUCAUACAUCCACAACCUUCAUGACAUCUUGCAAAAACGGCGUGCUGACCAAGAAGAACUAAGCAAGAAGCGUCGUCUCAUUCCCAAGGAAUCUGCGUUGGUUUGCGCGAGUAUAAAGGAGCUCGAGGAAAACUAUACAAGAACCGAAGAGGUAUUUAGAACUAGUGGACUGUCCGCACUUCCUGAUACUGAAGUAACAGUCCGUUCGGUUCAUACAAGAGACUGCGAUGGCGAAGUGGAGUACUACCAGCAGCUGAGCAGGCUGGUGCAGCCAUUUUCCCUUCGUGAAACCGGGCAUACAAUGUGGGAAUUAGGCGAGAUGCAGUAUUCCAACAAACUAAAUUACCAGCGAAGCUACGACGUUGAGGACCCGGAGAACACGAUUGCACUGAGCUUUGUUGAGUUAAAAAAGCUGAAGUGUGGUGCAUCUGUCCCGCUAGUGCAGAGAUGUAUUGUGCGCCGGUUUGUAGACGAGGAAUGCAUUAUCCACACAUGGAAGUUUAUCACCGAAGGAGCGGAUAUUUGCAAGGGGAUGCAAGUUGAAGAAACUGGCUGGUGCAGACUAAUACCUUCGGCGAAUGCGGCAGAACCUGGGACGCAGAUUGAACUGUGUAUCCGCCGAGUACCAAUGCACUUGAAAAGCGCACAAUACCGAGAGUUGGAAAUUGGCGAGUUUCAUGAUGCACUGCAGGAAGUCAGUGAUGGAACGUUGAACGAUGUCAUGACGAAACUUGAGUCCUUGUUACUAGACGAUGUCCUUGCGGGCAUUGCCUAACGCUAAGGAAUCACCACUUUCUCUUUUCUAUUCCAAACACGUUGAUAGUACCUUUCUUACGUACAUAUAAAUAGCAAUAUUGAUAACGCACAGAUUAUUGUUUGCUCAGCGUUUUCCACACCUCGUGAUAGUCCAGGGCAAUCUUCACAAAAAAAAAACUUGAAUCCAAA